GGCAUGGCCACCGCCACCGCCACCAGCACAGCGGCGGCGCUGGGGGUGGCUGCGCCGGCGGCCCUCAUGAUGCCCUCGCCUGCGGAGGUGGAGCUGGCCGCGUCCAUUGCGGUGGCAGGCCUGGCAGCGUUCGCAACGUUGGCAGUGGGCCCAAGGCUAUUCAGGGGUGUUUCCGGUAGCAGUGGCAGCAGCGGCAGCAACGCGGUUCCCAUGGACUUGUCGGCGCUUAAGAAGGGAGGUGAUGGCAAGGACGCGGCGCAGCAGCAGCCGGUGGCACAACAGCAGCAGUUGCAGCCCCUGGAGUUGGGGGCGGAGGUGGUGGCGGGUGUCAUCUUUGCACUGGGCCUGGGGCUGUCGGGCAUGACGCGGCCCAGCAAGGUGGCCGGCUUCCUGCAGGUGGGGUGGCCUGCCUGGGACCCCAGCCUGCCCUUCGUGAUGGGCGGGGCGGUGUUGGUGGCCAUGGCGGCGUACCAGGCCAUUAUGCGCUUCAAGAUCAUGCCCAAGCCCAUCCUCUGCAAGAACUUCCAGAUCCCCACCUCCUCCCUCAUUGACCGGCGCCUGUUGGCCGGCGGGGUGCUGUUCGGUGCUGGCUGGGGCCUGGCCGGCAUGUGCCCCGGCCCUGCGCUGGUCGCCAGCGUCACGGGCAGCCCCCACGUGCUGGCCUACGUGGGCGCCAUGGCGGCGGGGAUGCUGCUGGAGACCCGCGCGAGCGCCCGGUGGGGGGCGCGGAAGUAGAGGGACGGACUUGAGUGGCCGGGCGUAGCUGGGGUGUGGGCUUUCCUCCAGCUGAGGUUGUUGGAGAAACUCAAGGAGGCGAAGGCCUGAGCUGGACUGCAUGCAGGUGUCGGUGUGGACUGGACAGGGGUUAGGCAGAGCAGGGUCUUGGGCGCUGUGGCAGGCGUGUCCCGGUGGGUCGUGAAUACGUCAAUGUACAAUGGCACAAAGAGUACUAGUGCAUAUACUCAUGUGGAUAAGCAUGGUGGUCAUUGAUGCAAGCUGUUAAGCUGCACGACAGACAGUUGUCACAUCUACAGACGGACGACAACAAAUAAACUUACCGUGAUCAGAAAGGAAAGUAUAACGGUAAUGCGUAACAUGGGGGAUUGCUUUAGUGAUUCGGUUAUGCUUGGUUUGGACGUCCGGAUUGAGGCCGAGCGACUGCCGGUACUUACGAUUGCAUGCACGUGUGCGAUGGAUAUUGGACAUGUGUUUCGCAAUGGUGAUCAGCUCUCAUUCGUGUCGAUUUGUACUUGAAGUUCUAUGCAAGCAAUGGAGCACUUUCCUGAUGGUAUCGCCACUUCGUCAGCGC